CUCUCUCUCUGGCAUCCUGAGCUUGUUUAUGUGCAGGCUGGCUUGACCGCGGCUUCGUAUCAUUUCUGCGGCUUGUUUUCCUGCUUAUUGCUACCUGUAGGUUCGAUAAAGAGCGAGGGACAUGGAUAUUGGGAACGGGUCCGCUCCCGGAGCUGAGGAAGACCCGGCCGCUGCAUUCCUGGUGCAGCAUCACAAUGAGAUCGAGGGCAUCGAGAAGGAGCAGGAGGUUGAUGGUAUCCUGGGCACUGAGGGGUUGCAGAGCCCAGAGUUCCAGGGAUCGAUGACAGGAGAGGUUACUGGUGAAGUGGAUGCUGUUAAUGGAGAUUCGUGUCAGGAGAAUGAUGCUGAUGCGUAUUCUACUAGUUCACAAGCCGAUCAGUUACACCAAGAGCCUGAUAGCAUACGCAAAUGGAGAGAAGAGCAAAUAAAGCAUUUAGCGGAGCUGGAUGCCAACUCUCGUGAAGCAGAACUAGAAUGGAAAGAGAAAGCUAAGAAAGAGCUGGAGGAUUGGUACAUACAACAAGCAGAGCACCUCGAAGAAAUGAAAACUAAUAACAGGAUUCUGGAUGAGGCUUUCUACAAACAACCCUUCGCUGAUGUGAUUGGCUAUGUUACAAACAUAAAGCAGCACUGCUACAACCUACAACAGGCAGCUGAAGUCUCAGAUGUGAACGAAGGUCAAGAAGUUGUUGCAGGCUCUGAGUGGGAACAUGUCUUACAUCUGUGUGAUUUGAACUCCAAGACCAGCAAGGUGUCUAAAGAUGUGUCACGGAUGCGAUCUGUUCUAGUCUCACUAAGCCAGGUGCCACUCGCCCUAAAAUGAAGUCAAAACUGUCAGGCUUGUGUUUUUAAUUCUAAUCAGUUUGAACCUCAGAGAAAUAUUCAGUUUAAAUUAUGAGCUGUGUGGGAUGUUCGCUAGUGUUGAAAUUUGCUGCUUGUGGUUCUUUACGCCUGCCAGAUUAAAACUUGGUGGAAGAGGAGCAAGUCUAGGAAAUGUGCUCCAACAGAACAGAUUAAAUAGAGCAUUUGCUGUUUGAUUUGUAUCCAUUAGUGUGUGUGUGUUUUUAUUGCUUUGUGGACUCUGGACUGCAGUACAAGAUGUACCAUGUGUUUCAAUACUGUAAAUAUAGUAAAACUAAAUUAUAAAUCUGCUGUUACUAUUCUGAUGAAAUAAAAUUUAUCAUCAAGUUCA